CUACGCAGUGAGCGUGUGCACUACUUUGAAUAAUACUAAAAAAAAAAAAAUAAAAAAAUUAACCUUUCAGCCCACGCCAAGCUUCUUCGGCUUCGCUACUUCCCCUGACCAUCAAACCACGAAAAAUCUGAGUUCUGCCGAAAACCCAUUUGGAAAAAGAGGGAAACCGACCCUCCCCAUUCUUAUAUAUAUCCAAACAAAUCGGAAACUUCAGAAAUUAAUCAGGAAAAAAAAAAGAGAAAAACUUGCAGAGAAACAGCUGCGUAUUACUUGGAUCAAAGUUUUGUUCAUCAGGUAAUUUUUUAGCUUUAAUCAGGAAAAAAAAAAAGAGAAAAACUUGCAGAGAAACAGCUGCGUAUUACUUGGAUCAAAGUUUUGUUCAUCAGUUUGAAUCGAAUUGAAUUUGGAAUUUUUUUCCAUUUUCUUGUGGGUUCUUGUUUGUUUGGAUCAGGCAGUGGUGGAGGAUACGAGUUUUAGUAGUCUUUCUUAUCAGAGUAUGAGCUUUCCAUCCCGAAAUGAUCAAAGGGACAGGACUGGCAGAUUCCACAAUCUACAUGCUCGCCAAACAUGGGUCCCUAGAGGAUCUGGCCCUACUGCUGUUGUGAAUCCACCAUCAACCUUCAAUGCAAAUCCUAAUGGAAUUGGCAGUGGACACUCCGAUCAUACCUCUGCUCCACCCAAUCCUGGGCAUGGCAAUGCCACUAGGGGUCGCAAGCCUUGGCCUACUAAUCACAGGAGAGACGGGGAGAAAGAGAAGGACCGGAGCCAGACUCAGGAGUUUAAGGAGUUGAAGGACCCCAAUUUGCCCCAGCUUGUGCAAGAAAUUAAGGACAAACUUGUGAAGGGUACCGUUGAGUGUAUGAUCUGUUAUGAUAUGGUGCGGAGGUCAGCACCCAUUUGGUCUUGUUCAAGCUGUUAUUCCAUUUUUCAUUUGAAUUGCAUCAAGAAAUGGGCUCGUGCUCCAACUUCUAUUGAUUUGUCAGCUGAGAAGAGUCAGGGUUUUAAUUGGCGAUGCCCAGGUUGUCAGUCUGUGCAGCUUACAUCGUUGAGGGAGAUUCAAUAUGUUUGUUUUUGUGGGAAGAGGACUGACCCGCCUUCAGAUUUGUAUUUGACCCCACAUUCCUGUGGUGAACCAUGUGGAAAGCCACUUGAGAGGAGAGUUUCAGAUGCUGGUGAGAGCAAGGAGGAUCUUUGUCCUCAUGUUUGUGUUUUGCAAUGCCACCCAGGUCCCUGCCCUCCUUGUAAAGCAUUUGCUCCACCACGGGUGUGCCCUUGUGGGAAGAAAAUAAUCACAACAAGAUGCUCUGAUCGGAUGUCUGUACUUACUUGUGGUCAACGUUGUGAUAAGCUUCUUGAAUGUGGGCGUCAUCGGUGUGAGAAGAUAUGCCAUGUGGGUACUUGUGAUCCUUGUCAGGUUCUAGUAAAUGCUUCAUGUUUUUGCAAGCUAAAAGCAGAGGUUGUCCUAUGUGGAGACAUGGCUGUAAAAGGCGAGGUUAAAGCUGAAGAUGGUGUUUUUUCUUGUAACUCGACAUGCAGAAAGCUGUUGGGUUGUGGAAAUCAUGAGUGUGGCGAAACUUGCCAUCCAGGGCCUUGUGGGCAUUGUGACUUGAUGCCAGGCAGGGUGAAUUCGUGCUUUUGUGGGAAAAUGAGUUUACAGGAGGAAAGAAAGAGUUGUUUGGACCCAAUUCCAAAUUGUACACAAAUAUGUGGCAAACCCCUUCCUUGUGUGAUACACCACUGUAAGGAGGUCUGCCAUGCUGGGGAUUGUCCACCUUGUCUAGUUCUUGUCACCCAAAAAUGCCGCUGUGGAUCCACCUCUCGAACUGUGGAAUGCUACAAAACAAGUGCAGAGCAUGAAAAAUUUACAUGUGAGAAAUCUUGUGGUCGAAAGAAAAAUUGUGGGAGGCACCGCUGCAGCGAAAGGUGCUGCCCUCUCUCCAACCCCCACAAUCUUCUAUCUGGUGAUUGGGAUCCACACUUUUGUCAAAUGGCUUGUGGGAAGAAGCUGAGGUGUGGACAGCAUUCCUGUGAAUCAUUGUGUCAUAGUGGACAUUGUCCACCUUGCCUUGAGACAAUAUUCACUGAUUUGAGCUGUGCAUGUGGGAGAACUUCAAUCCCUCCUCCUUUGCCCUGUGGCACACCUCCCCCUUCAUGUCAACUCCCAUGUUCAGUUCCUCAGCCUUGUGGCCAUUCAGCUUCUCAUAGCUGCCACUUUGGAGACUGCCCACCUUGUUCAGUCCCUAUAGCAAAGGAGUGCGUUGGUGGACAUGUGGUUCUUGGGAACAUACCUUGUGGUUCAAAGGAUAUCAGAUGCAACAAACUCUGUGGUAAGACCAGGCAGUGUGGCCUACAUGCAUGUGGCAGAACCUGUCAUCCACCACCUUGUGAUACUUCAUCUGGAACUGAAGCUGGUUCGAGAGCUUCUUGUGGUCAGACAUGCGGUGCUCCUAGGAGAGAUUGCAGGCAUACUUGCACUGCACUUUGUCAUCCUUCUGCAUCUUGUCCUGAUGUAAGAUGUGAGUUGCCUGUCACAAUUACUUGCUCCUGUGGUAGGAUAACAGCAUCUGUUCCUUGUGAUACUGGAGGGAGCAACAGUGGUUUUAAUGCUGAUACCGUUUUCGAAGCAUCCAUUGUCCAAAAGUUGCCAGUACCACUUCAACCAGUGGAAUCAAUAGGCAGGAAAAUUCCACUUGGCCAGAGGAAGCUUGUGUGUGAUGAUGAAUGUGCUAAGUUGGAGCGCAAAAGGGUUCUUGCUGAUGCUUUUGACAUCACCCCCCCUAACUUGGAAGCCCUACAUCUUGGUGAGAAUACUGCUGUGACGGAGCUACUUGCAGACCUCUAUAGACGUGAUCCAAGAUGGGUGCUUGCCGUGGAGGAGAGGUGCAAGUACUUGGUACUUGGCAAGAACAGAGGAUCGAUAAAUGCUCUCAAGCUUCAUGUUUUCUGCCCUAUGCUGAAGGAUAAGAGAGAUGCAGUUAGGUUGAUAGCUGAUCGGUGGAAGCUUGCUGUUUAUGCUGCUGGUUGGGAGCCAAAGCGUUUCAUUGUGGUACAUGUCACACCCAAAUCCAAACCCCCAUCUCGUGUGAUUGGGGUUAAGGGUACCACCACUUUAACUGUUCCCCAUCCACCUGCUUUUGAUCCUCUAGUAGACAUGGAUCCCAGGCUUGUUGUUUCUUUUCUAGAUUUGCCGAGGGAGGCAGAUAUAAGUUCAUUGGUUCUCAGAUUUGGAGGGGAAUGUGAACUAGUAUGGUUGAACGAUAAGAAUGCACUGGCUGUAUUUAAUGAUCCUGCUCGUGCAGCAACUGCUAUGAGAAGGUUGGAUCAUGGAUCAGUAUAUCAGGGGGCUGUUGUGGUUCUUCAAAGCAGUAGUGCAUCAGCAGCACCAGCUUCUAAUCCCUGGGGAGCAGGGAUUACUAAAGGAGGAGGAGCAGUUGCAGCCAUGAAGCCAUGGAAAAAUGCUGUAGUUCUGGAGCAUGGUUGGAGGGAAGAUUCAUGGGGCAGCAAAGAGUGGUCUCAUGGAUCUGUGGAUGUUCAGGCUUCUGCAUGGAAGGGGAAAGAAGCUCCUAUUAUAGCUUCAAUUAACCGGUGGAGUGCAUUAGAUUCUAAAUCAUCUUCAAAUGCAUCUACCACAUUUGUUCGGACUGAGGAUCCUGCAAAAUAUGGAAUCGAAUCAAAUGCAAGCAUUUCGGAUUCAUAUGGGCUGCUAAGAGGAGCUUCAUCGCAAACAGAGUUGUCUGAAGUGGUGGAUGAUUGGGAGAAAGCUUAUGACUGAGAAUAUAUAAUAAGUUAAUAGCAUUUGGAAUCUGUGGCAUUUGGUCUGGACCUGUUUUGCUCUCUGUUCUUUUUUUUUUUUUCAAAGAGUUACAUCACACCUUUUAAUUCGAGUGUUCUGUUGUUUUUCUCUCCACAUUAUUAUAAUUAUUAUUAAAUUUUAGGAUGCAUAUGUACCUUUGCUAUAUUGAAUAAUUUUUAUGCUGGAAAGUUUAACUUAUUUGGAUUGAUCA